AUGACAGCUCAAACAAUUGUUGAUGCUCUUUACAACAAAUGGAUAACCUAUUAUGGUACUCCAUUAACAAUAACAUCAGACCAGGGAACUCAAUUUGAGUCAUUAUUAUUCAAAGCAUUAACACAACUAAUUGGAGCAAACAAAAACAGAACUACCACGUACUAUCCUCAAUCCAAUGGAAUGAUAGAAAGGUUACACAGAACUCUAAAAGCUGCUUUAAUGCGUUCUCCCAAAACAUGGAUUCCCGUGUUACCAACAGUUCUACUUGGACUGAGAAACAGUUUCAAAGAAGAUAUCAAAACAUCACCAGCUGAAUUAUUAUUUGGCACUUCAUUAAGAGUACCUGGUGAGUUUUUUGUAACAAUUGAUGCACCACAUGAACCACAAAUAUUCAUUGAGAAACACAGAGAGUAG